GCGGUCUCACAGAAACCUUGCUUUCACUGUAACCGGGACCAGAGUAGAGUCGUUAAAGUGCAUGCCGGACCGACCUCAUGAUGGAGGCGGAGAGUUGUUUGUCUUUCUCUUCGCAGUCAAACCGGACAACACCGGAUAACUCUCCCGGUUUAGAUCAGAAUAGUUCUGGAGGUUCGUUCCUUCCCUGCGACGAACUACAGAAAAGUACACACCUUCCUCUCGCGCAUCGUCCGAGUCUCCGGGGUCAGGGUGACUUCUACAGCUCGAGCUCCAUGGGACGGUUUGACGACGGUGCGCCCGCGGAUUUUACUCACCGGGCAGCCUCCACGAAUCCUCGCGCCUCGCCCAACAAACACAGCAAAUACAUGGAACAUAUUAAUCAGGACCAAAAGGUUUUAUCAAUAAGCGGGAAGGGCUCGUUUUAUGAAAACUACUCGGAGGGUAAGUGGGGAUUUUAUACAAAUAAUCAAAAUCACGGCCAUCAGUGUGUGAGGCUACGAAACAAGUAAUACAUAUCAUAAUCAUAAUAAUCGUGAUUAUUAUUAUUAUUAUUAUUAUUAUUGUUAUUAUUAUUAUUAUUAUUAUUAUUAUUAUUAUUAUUAUUAUUAUUAUUAUUAUUAUUAUGUAGGCUAUUUACCAAAAUAAUAUAGGCCUAACUGAAUAGUCUAUUGCCUGUGGAAACCGUUUGACUUGUCAAACAUAGGUAAUAUCCAUCGUGAAAAAGAUCAUGGAGACCAACAUUUCUGUUGCCAGCUACUUCAAAUUGUUCCAACUUUGUCUUUAUAGUGUGGCGACUCGGAAGGAAAAAAUGUAUUUUUCAGGGUUUCUUUGGCGCUGCACAGCCUGUGUAUUUUUCAAGGCCUUGGACAAAAAACGUCUCCAAUGAUCAAUUCAUUUUCACUAAAUGUCUGGUUUUAAUUGGUUCACCUACAAUUAUAUUAUUGAUCAUCUUAUUUGAAUAUAUUAUGAUCAUGUUCCAAUUGACCAUCGAAAUACUUUAUUCGUCCACACAGCAGGCCCCGGUCAAAGAAAUCCCCCCCAAAAUAAAGGAAUUACUUUGUAGUAUAGAUCUGAACACCUUAUUUAGUCUACAAAUGAUCGUAAUAGGCUGACAUAUUGAAUUAGGCCUUUUUUUCGUUCUUUGCGAGCUCCUUUUCAGAAUUUAACUCUGUUUUGGUGAACAUAAUUUCCCCAAUGUUGCUCUAUAAAAUGUUAAUACAAUGUUAAAACACGAAUAUAAGGCCAUGGCAUGUUAUACGCCUAGACGACUACAAAAUAAUAUAGCCCACUGUAAUUGUCUAGGCCUACUCAAAUGAAUGUGCAACUAUAUCUAAAAACGUCAUUAUUUUAGCCUUUAGGUUACCAUAGUUUUGUCACCAAAUGUAGGCUAUCACAAUGUAAAAAAUCACUUGGUAAAAGUGGACGCACCUCACUGGUGAUAAAUAUGUCAUCAGGUUUUAUCUGCUCUUGACACUGGUAGUCACAAUUAGUUUUGAUGUGAAGUGCGCGCGGGCCAAAGGUCAGAAAGUGACUGAGCCGUCUAGGUGCGUGAUUACGGCGUCGGUGCAGGAAGCUUCCACCCGUGCCAUACACAUCGUAUUAUCACACCAAUCCCGUGCAGCCUUCACAAAAUACAUUCAUAAACGAAACAAACUAAAAAAUACAGUUAGAGUUUAUUUUAAAUCGAUCAUGUUUCUUAUCCAAAAGUUCUGUUUUUGUUUCUGAAUAGCUAAAAUAGUUACACAUAUCCAAAUUAGAUUCUCAAGAUGUGCUUUAUUCAAAUGUUGACACUGUCCUUUUGUUGUUUACACCAAACUUUUAUUUUUUAUUUUUUUGCAAUAUUAUCACAUUUAAACACAUUUAGAACAUUAUCUAAAUUAUUAUAUGGUCCUCUGUAGUUCAAUUGGUAGAGCAUGGCGCUUGUAACGCCAGGGUAGUGGGUUCGAUCCCCGGGACCACUCAUACGUAAAAUUGUAUGCACACAUGACUGUAAGUCGCUUUGGAUAAAAGCGUCUGCUAAAUGGCAUUUUAUUAUAUUAAUCUAAAUAAUUAUAAAAUAUAUUCAAUGAAUUAAUACCAUUGAAUUAAAACUUAAAGAACUAGAUUAACUUAAAGAUAUAAAAACUGAAAAUGCAAUGCAAAUUUGUGGAUAAUGUUCAACUCGGUUAAUGUAAUGAUGAGAUUAAUUAAUGUGAAACACUUUAUUAAACUUGUAUAAUAUCCCAUGAACUUAAGUCUUAGGAAAUGAAAUGGUUCUUCAGUAUUAUUUAUUAACGUUUGUAAUCCAUCCUCUAAAGUUGCCAAUGAAGGCAUGUGAGUUCUGAUAAGGGCUUAGUGAUGUAUGUGUUCAGAAUAACAUACAUUAGUCUGAUUCAUGUCGUUGCCAAAGACAGCCGUAUGAUGGAGCAGAGAGCCUCCAUCUUGACAGUUAAUCUGCAAUCUAGAUAACAGCGUGGUCUGAUUUGAAAUGGAUUUGAUAAUAUUCUAGUUUCAUAGGCUUUGCCUGUGGUCUUGAAUUAAGAUGUAUUUUCUUAGAUUCUUCAGAUAUUAGCAAACACUUAACACACACACACACACACACUCACACUCUCACACACACACACUCACACUCUCUCACACAUGCACACACACACACACACACACACACACACACACACACACACACACACACACACACACACACACACACACACACACACACACACACACUUGACACAUACGCAGGCAUGCAUACACACGCAUGCACACACACACAAAGUUUUUUUUAUUAAAACACUUAAUGAAAGAGUUUUCAUUAAACUUUUCUAAAUAGGGGUUGUUGACCAUAUAAUACUACGAUACCGAGAGCCCCAAAUAUUGGUAUGAUUAGAAUACUUUUUUUUGGACAAGAGAAUCCAUUUGUUGUCAGUCUGUGAACUCUAAAGCCGUUUAACCAGAGUGUUGGUUUCUGGGUCAGAUUUGAGUGGAGAUGUGGUCCACAGGACACUUCAUUGCUCUCCAACAUUCUGGGGCCACAGUCAGACUCACACACCUUCAAAGGCAGACUAGUCUUUCUGUUUUGUCUAUCAGUCCUUGGAAGGGGGAUGGUUAGGGUUUAGGGAUGGUAGAGCGGGGGGGGGGGGGGGGGGGGGUGUUGAAUUUACCAGGUAUUCCUAAACUGAGAUCUCAUGCGUGUUGACAUUUUCUUGACAUUUUAUAUUUGGAAAGUUAAAUUAUAAAAAAAUGCUAUUUUAUCAAAACUUGUUACUAAUGCUUCAAGACUUCAAUCUCAUUAUCUAAUCUGCAUAAGAAGUGAAUUAUAAGAUACUGUUAAACCCAAUCCAAAGCUCCCGAAAUUUAAAAUUUUACCAAAGAUACUGUAUGUCUGACAUCUGAUCAUGCAGUAUUUCAUGUACAGAACAAGAGGCCAGGGAGGGAACAGCUGAAAUUUCCCCAUGAUGUCAGUAUACUCACAUUGGUCCAUUUUGACUUUAUCUCGACUGUACAGUAUUGUAAUGCAUUUCACAUACUGUACAUCUCCCAAUUACGCUGGACCGUAGGGAGACAGGAUGUGGGCUCUUGGUAAAAGCUACACUACAGCAUAUCAGGCGUGUUUCUCAGUACCUAUUCUUAGACUGUAAAAAUCUUAAUAACCUCUUUCCAAUCUCUUGGCACGAUGAACUAUGGUGUGAGGUUGGCUCUAAAUGGACAGCAUGGGUGCGUCCCAAAUGCCAUCCUUUCCCCUAUAUAGUGCACUACUUUUUGACCAGAGUCCUAAGGGUCCCGGUCAAAGGUAAUGCACUAAAUAGGGUGUAGGGUUUCAAUGUUUGAUGCAGGACAGGAAUGUUGUGUUGUGGUGAAUGAAAAGCUCUCUGUCUGGGACAGAAAUUGAAUUAGGUUGAUGUUAAAUGACUGCUCUCAAUGGUCCCUGCGUAAGGCUGUGGACUUGGAUAUGACAUUAGGACAGAGGGAGAGUGCAGAUACUUGAGGGAGAGCGGUUCUCUUCUGGGACCACAGAGUUAGACAUACUGUAACAAGGUAACAGUAAACAUGUCGUCCCCACAAACGAUGCAGCGUCCCCACCUUGGGCCAACUGAGAUAUCGCGUGUGACUAACAUAUUUCAGUUAAUUACUGUUACUAUAAUGUACCAAGGUACUAACGGACGGAGACAGAUCCACAGUCCCCUCCCUGAUUUCAUUGUGGGGGACAAUUAACAUGAACAACAUCAUCCAAACAUCUAUUAUGGUACAGUCCAGUCAUCUAAACACACCCAGAGUAAAACAUUAUGGUACAGUCCAGUCAUCUAAACACACCCAGAGUAAAACAUUAUGGUACAGUCCAGUCAUCUAAACACACCCAGAGUAAAACACUAUGGUACUAUAAGGAAGGAGCUUGUAUCGCAUACAUGAAUGGAUGCAUAUACACUGAGUGCACAAAACAUUAAGAACACCUUCCUAAUAUUUGCCCUCAGAACAGCCUCAAUUCGUCGGGGGAGUGGACUCUACAAGGUGUCGAAAGCGUUCCACAGGGAUUCUGGCCCAUGUUGACUCCAAGUCACAGUUAUGAGUCUGUUCCUGGUGUGCAUCUAAACACGAACUGUUGAGUGUAAAAACCAGAGUGUAAAAACUAUGGUACUAUACAUAUACCUGUUCAAAGGCACAAAUUCUUGCCCUUCACUAUGAAUGGCCCUACAAACCAGCUCAAUUCGUCGGCUUAAAACCUCUUAAGCUGUCCUUCCUCAUGACUCCCGAGUGCUCAGUGUCCAACAUGUGCAAGUGCCCAGCAGCGUUGCAGUUCUUGACAACAAACUAGUGCGCCUAGCCUACUACCAUACCCAGUUCAAAGACACUUAAAUGUUUUGUCUUGCCCAUUCACCAUCUGAAUGGCACACAUACACAAUCCAUGUCUCAAUUGUCUCAUGGCUUAAAAAUCCUUCUUUAACCUGUCUCCUCCCCUUCAUCUACACUGAUUGAAGUGGAUUUAACAAGUGACAUCAAUAAGGGAUUAUAGCUUUCACCUGGAUCCACCUGGUAUUUGGUAUUUGGUAUUUGGUAUUUUAUUAGGAUCCCCAUUAGCUGUUGCAAAAGCAGCAGCUACUCUUCCUGGGUCCACACAAAACAUGAAACAUGACAUAAUACAGAACAUUAACAGACAAGAACAGCUCAAGGACAUAACUAAAAAGGUAGACGUGGCCAACAUAUCAAUACAUACACACAAACUAUCUAGGUCAGAUAGAGGAGAGGCCUUGUGCCGUCAGGUGUUGCUUUAUCUGCUUUCUUAAACCAGGUUUGCUGUUUAUUUGAGCAAUAUGAGAUGGAACGCAGUUCCAUAUCAAUAAUGGCUCUAUAUAAUACUGUACGCUGUACCUGGUCAGUCUAUGUCAUGGAAAGAGCAGGUGUUCUUAAUGUUUUGUCCACUCUGUGUAGAUUGCGAUGUCAUUGGUUUGUUAUUUCAUACACACAAUCACACUUUGCAUCAAAUAUGGGAGAAAUGGGGUCGAAUUUCUAACUUUCUAAAUUGACUAAUAACUGAAAUUAUUUGGGACUCACAAUGUCACAAAUGUGUACUUAGAAUAAGAGAAGCAGUCACAUAAUGACAUUUUCAGUCUUCAUAAAGAAAUUUAACAUAAAGUUAAAUUACUUGGAAAAAUCUGUAAUAUCUUCUGUCCGUAAAAUUACCUCAAACACCACGUCUAUGUGAACCCCGCAAAAGCCAAAACACAUCAGAGUUUGUUUUCUGCUCAGUGAUUCAUUACCUUAAUUCAAGGUGGCGCAGCGAUCAAAACAAACCGUGUUGCAGUGGGCUGGAAUGUUGUGUCUGGUCAGAUGUGACUAAACCACACGUUUAUUGUUUAUUUCCAACACUAUCUCAUACAGAUUUGUUCAUGUAGUAAAACGAUACCACAAGCAGCUAUGGUUGGCUCUCAUGCCGUCGUUUCUCAUCAGACCAGUUCUUCUCACCUCGUAUUGGGGGAUGAGCUGGGGGACCCCUGAGACAACAUGGGAAUGUUCACUCCUUUCUAACCCAACUUCCUCCUCCUCCAGAUCUUAGUCAUAUCUCCUGAGAAAAGACAAGCCUGCGUGUGGCUUCAUCCUGUUUAUUAUUGUGGAGAAUAUUACAUUGCUGCCUCUAACAGUGGACGUUAAUGAAUCCAGUUUAUUAUUGUGGAGAAUAUUACAUUGCUUCCUCAAUUUACUUUUUUCACACAUACACACGCAUGCACACACAUGCACGCGCACACACACACACACACACACACACACACACACACACACACACACACACACACACACACACACACACACACACACACACACACACACACAGUUUGUUUCUACAACUAACCACCUUUCUCUCUUCCCUCCCCUCAGCCAGAGAGAAGGCGGGUCCCAAGCCCAUGGGCUACCCUGUGAUUGGCUCGGACUGCUGCAUCAAGCUGAAGGAGCCAACCAACGGUCUCCAACCGGGGGACUCCAUAGCAGACUCCAUCGACCUGUCGGGCAAGAACAAGAAGCGGCGUAACCGCACCACCUUCAGCACCUUCCAGUUGGAGGAGCUGGAGAAGGUGUUUCAGAAGACUCACUACCCUGACGUUUACGCCCGGGAACAGCUGGCCCUCAGGACCGAACUCACAGAGGCCCGUGUACAGGUACAGCAACGCCACGCUACACAGAAAAUACAAACGCCUCCUACCCUGCUGCUACAGUAGCUAACGGAGGUGGCAACUCUUUAACAGUUUGCAGAGGGAUAUUUGUCCCCCUCAGAUGAAUCGACAUCCCAGGGCCUAUUUAAAUGUUCUAUUGAAACCAAUUGAAGCCAAACAUCUUUCAGGCAGGUAGGAACAUGGCAAGGCAGGGGCCCUAUAUAUAUUGGUAGAGGAAAUAAUCUCUCUAAUAUCUCUCUCUCUUCAUUCGUCAGGUAUGGUUCCAGAACCGCCGGGCCAAGUGGAGGAAGAGGGAACGCUACGGGAAGAUCCAGGAGGUGCGAAACCACUUUGCUGCUACGUAUGAUAUCUCUACGUACCAGGUACACCCUGACACAUAGAUAUUUGGUUACUAUGUACGAUAUCUCCCUCCAAUAGGUACUAGAUAGAUACACACUGACACAUAGAUCACUAGCUAUAACCCUUCUAUCUUUAUCAAUCACAGACUAAUUGGAAUCCUUUAAACCAAUCAACCAAUCAACCAAUCAACCAAUCAACCAAUCAACCAAUCAAUCAAUCAAGCAAGCAAGCAAUCAAUAAAUUAAUAAAUAAAUACAUUAAUAAUGAUUCAAGACCAAAACCCUUGAUAGACCCCCCAACAUUGAAUUACCAAGCAUUGGCAUUUACAUUUCAAAUAGCAUGAUGGGAAUUAUCUUUAUGUAGCCUAUCAGUGGCGCUUCGUCAUUGGUCUCUGAUCUGACUACUCUCUUCCCCUGUAGAUGCAGAGCAACCUGUGGCCAGGUGCAGGAGGGGGCGGGGGGUCCGGUGGGGGCUGUGUCCUGGGCCCUGACACCAUGUCUUCCUCCUGUAUGACCCCCUACCCCCACCCCCACAGCAACCUCUCCUCUGUGGGCUUCAUGGGCAUGCCCCCGUCCUCCAGCCACCCUCACCACCCUCACCAUCACCCCCCACACCACCCUGGCAUCAACGGCCUCUACUCCCUCCACAGCUUCCCUGGGGCCCUCGGGGGCCACUCCUUUGAGCCGGGGCCCGAGACCGAGUAUAAGCCAUCCAGCCUGGUGGCCCUGCGGAUGAAGGCUAAGGACCCUGGGAGUCUUCUGUCCUGGCCUACAUGA